UGUGACUAGUGGAUUAGUUCCACUUGGUUAAGAAAAGAGCCAAGUCACUACAACCAGUCUCCAACCACAACCAGCUCAGUGCUCACUCCAAUUUAAAACUUCCUAAAUCGCCGCGAAUUCUUCUGUAACUGUAGUCCGUAGGGUAUCCUGAUAGUAUGAUAAUCUAGUUUUCCUACCUGGGUUUUGGCCAUUUGAGAUUGGGAAAUCUUCUCUCAGUGUUUCAGCGUUCCAAUUCGAAGACUCCUCGAGAAGAAAAGAUGGGCUGCGGGGCCUUUUGCUAAAACUUGGGGAAGACGGAGAAGGAUCUCAGAAUCAAAGCUUGCAGCUCGAAUGGAUGCUUUAGGAGGUUUUUGGUGGAACAGCCCUCUUAAAGGUCGCAAAUUUCGUUCUAAGAGGGAAUCUAAGAAACCAUCCGAGUCGGUAGACGGAGGAGGAGGAAAAGGUUUUGAUUUCCCGGUGAAGCAGGCGAUGACGGCAGCUUCUCUCGCUCUGACUGGUGAUACUAUUGCCCAAGCCAGUGCCCGAUGGAGGGCACUUGAUCGAACGGCCAAAUCGACCAAAAAGGAUGUCAUUUCGUCCAUCUUUUCAAGUCAUGAUUGGCUCCGGGCUCUUCGCAUGGCUUCAUAUGGCUUUCUUCUAUAUGGUCCUGGCUCUUAUGCAUGGUAUCAGUUUCUUGAUCAUUCAUUGCCUAAGCAAACAGUGGAGAACUUAUUAUUGAAGGUCUUGUUGAACCAAAUUGUACUUGGUCCAUGUGUGAUUGCUGUUGUUUUUGCAUGGAAUAACUUGUGGCAAAAUAAACUUUCAGAGCUUCCUAGAAAAUACCAGAAGGAUGCCCUUCCUACUUUGUUCUAUGGAUUUAGGUUUUGGAUUCCUGCUAGCAUACUAAAUUUUUGGGUGAUCCCACUUCAGGCUCGUGUUGCCUUCAUGUCCACUUGCUCCAUAUUCUGGAACUUCUACUUGUCUUCGACCAUGAGCAAGUAAUGCAACGAGUUCUGUGGCAAUAAUAUGAGACUGUUGUAUGGACUUUCAUUUGAAUCAUGGGUUUGAAUGCAAGUUUUGUGUCAAGUCAAUAUCAAAAUGGAGGAAGCAGAGGCAGUUGUAUGGAUUUUUCAUAACAGCAUUGUUUGCAAAGCAUUCUUUCGCUAUAAUCACUGAGAGAGCUUUCAUGAAACUAAUGUUAACUUAUAAUUAGAAGCUAAAUCAUUUUUGCAAAUUCAUUGAAAAAUAACUGGUAUUAUUUUGUCCA